GCCCGCAUUACCACCUACACCUCAACGCUGGUAAGCCGACAUUUGCACCCAGCUUCCCACUCCAUUGCAUUCUCACGCGAGAGAUAUUUCUAGAAAAGUAGCUACAUACAGCAGCUAUAUCCAGACACAAUGAGGCCGGCAAUUUCACGAAUCGCUCUUCCAGCGCGCCGACACUUUUCCGUGUCGGCUAGACGUCUCGAUACGUAUGCCUUUGUUGGUCUUGGCCAGAUGGGCUACCAAAUGGCAAAGAACCUCCAGUCUAAGCUUACCUCCAACGACACCGUUACUCUGUUUGAUAUCAACAAGGAUGCCGUGGCCAGCCUGCAGACCGAGAUGAAGGCUGCCGGUGUCGGAGCCAAGGUGACCGUCGCUGAGAGCGCCCACGAUGCCUCCAAGGAAGCUGACACUGUCAUUACCGUUCUUCCCGAGCCCAAGCACGUAAAGGGCGUCUACGAAUCCAUCCUUACGUCGUCGCUACCGCAAAAGAACCGCCUCUUCAUCGACUGCUCGACCAUCGACCCCGGCACGUCCCGCGCUGUCGCCGAGUCCGUCGCGUCCGCCAAGCAGGGCGUCUUUGUAGAUGCUCCCAUGUCGGGCGGUGUCGUUGGUGCUACUGCCGGCACACUGACCUUUAUGCUCGGCGCCGACGAGGCCACUGUGCCCCGUGCCGAGCCGACGCUGCUGCACAUGGGCCGCAAGGUGCUGCACUGCGGCCCUCAGGGUACCGGUCUGUCGGCUAAGCUGGCCAACAACUACCUGCUUGCCGUCAACAACAUUGCCACGGCGGAGGCCAUGAACCUGGGCAUGCGCUGGGGCCUGGACCCCAAGAAGCUGGCGGGCGUGCUCAACGUGUCGACUGGCAAGUGCUGGCCCAGCGAGGUCAACAACCCGGUCAAGGGUGUCGUGGAGGGUGCUCCGGCCGGUAGGGACUACAGCGGCGGCUUUGGCGUUGCUUUGAUGCGCAAGGACUUGAAGCUGGCUGUUGGAGCGGCUGCUGAGGCUGGUGCUAAGAUGGAGCUGGCUGAUGCGGCAAUGGGCGUGUAUGAGGGUGCUGCUGAGCGAGAGGACUGCAAGGGCCGUGACUUUUCCGUCGUGUAUAGAUAUAUUGGUGGCAAAGAAUAGAUUCUACAAAGAAAGAUAAAAAUAAAUAGGAAACUUGCGGUUGGUUUGAAUGUCUACAAUGAUUGAUGACCUGAG